UUUCGAUUUCGAUUCUUAUCUUUGGACUCUCUAAUCCCUAACAAGUCUAUAAGACGAGAAGAGAGUGGGAAAAAAGUUCGAUUUUUGUGGAGUUUUUCCGAUUAAGAGAUGCAAGGAGGUGAGGAUUUGAGUAUCCAUGAGCUUGCCUCGAAUCUCUCCGCCUAUAAAGAUCAGCUCCGCGAGGUUAGGAAGCUUUUGGCUGAUGACCCCAGAAACUCUGAAUAUGCAGACAUGGAAAAGGAGCUUAGAGAGGUUAUUUCUCUUACAGAGGAACUUUUAGCAACUGCAAAACAAAGUGAAAUUGCUGGCUUAGUUGAUGAGUUAGAUGCGGAUGCAUCACCCAUUGAGGGACAGGCUGAUAGGAAGUCACUAUCUAACUUGGAAACAGGUCAAGAUGAUAGGUUUCCUGUAGGAACAAAAGUUCAAGCUGUUUGGAGUGAAGAUGGGGAAUGGUAUGAUGCGACGAUUGAGGCUCUCACUCCUAAUGGAUACUUCGUCUCUUAUGAUGAAUGGGGAAACAAGGAAGAGGUUGAUCCUGCUAAUGUUAGGCCAAUUAAAGAGGAGACUGUUAAUGCUAUGUUGGAAGCUGAAAAAGAAGCUGAGGCAACCAGACAAGCAAUUAAGCGAAAGAUUGCUCAAGCAGCUGUUUCUGACUUCCAAGCGCGUACCUUGCCUGCUAAGCUUCGUAUUGAUCCCAAUGACCCUGAUGAUGUGAAAGCUGCUAAAAAAAAGAAGAUACAUGCUUUUAAGUCAAAAGUCCGUCUCGAGCAGCAGGAAGUAGUUCAAAAUAAGCGGCAGAAUGCUUGGCAGCAGUUUCAAACAACAAAAGGGAAAGCUAAGAAGAUUGGGUUCUUCUCCGGGCGCAAGAGGGAGAGCAUCUUCAAAUCCCCUGACGAUCCAAAGGGAAAGGUUGGUGUCACAGGCAGUGGGAAAGGAUUGACCGAAUUCCAAAAGCGAGAAAAACACUUGCAUCUCAAGGCCGGAGGAUCGGCAGACACCGAGGAAGAAGAAUAAACUUGUGUGUCAUUUAUCGCUUAAAUCACUUGAAUACAUUUGAUAUACUUUAGCUUUGAAUUCUGUACCUAAAGGUUUUACAAGCAGAGUAUUUUCUAAUGAACUGCACUAUGACUUGAAGGUGAUCUGUUGGCAAAUUUUUGUGUCAUGUUCUUCUUUUAGUGACUAAAAUAGAAGGAUUACCAUGUGCAAUUAUCAA